ACAUCAUUCUGUGAUUCCAGGACCUCCUCCACGCCACUCUCGGACACAUGCCCAGAGUCACUAUAACCAUUCGGGUUCAAAUCAAAGGCCUACUCGUUGUGUGAUAUUACUCAACAGCCUUCUCAGUGUAUGCCCAAUUCAUGCAUCUCCUUCUAAAUAUUCGUUGAGUCACACGUUGUUGGUUUUGAUUUACUGUGACAUCUCCUUGUCGCUUACUCAUUCUGUCAGGUCAUCUGAUCUCCUGUAUGCAGCAAAUUGUGUAGGUACUGAUGUAAGUCUCUGCUAGCCUGCUGAUGAGAAUGCUAGUCGUAACGUGUCAAUUCUCAAAACCGCAUAAAAUAUAUUAAUCUUCGUGCUUAGUCCAGUAGAUUUCCAAACUGAUUUCAGAUACAUGGGGAUGGGUCUUGCUCUUUCACUUGUGACUUUGACAUCCUCAUCUGUGCUGUCUCUGUGUGGUGGGAUAGAUGCUUCUGCCUAGCCAGGUUAGUGAAAGUGGAGACUUUCUUCAAAUUUCGCCCGUCUAUGGUGACUGAAGAUUGUUUUUUUUGUUGUAGGUUAUGUAUUUUCAUCGUCUACUCCUGUCGUCCAGAUGUACACUUGAAGUCCUGUUUUCGCUGCCUGUUUGCCUCUUCUACGAAUUCAUUGGUUGUCACCUUGGAGUGUAUAUGACAUAGGAAAAUGAAAAUCAUCUGUGAAAUCCAAAUCUUUUAUUGCCGCCUUAUCAGUCUAGUUAUGAUUUACUAACUUGAGAAACUACAACUUAUUUUUUUAAUCAUAUUGGUUUAUUAUCAUGAGAAAAAUGUAGCAAAGUUAUCAAUUCGUCUGUAUAUUUAUUGUACUGCAACGUGUCUACUAGUCAACAAAAAUGUAUGCCAUUCGUUCAUCGUCUGCUCUACGCCUAUUCCACUUCUUCUGCUUCGUCAUUAUCCUCUUCUCCUUUACAACUACUGUACAACUUAUCCGUUCAUAUGGUGAUGAAAUAUUGUCUGCAAACAGUACAUCGUGUGAUAAUACCAGCCUAUAUCAUAUAUCCAUCACAAAUGAAACACAUAGAACCUGGUUUCUAAUUAUGGCUGAGGUGCAUCAUCCACCAGCUGUUAUUUUAGUGCAUACAAAAGGUGAUUCUGAAUUGAGUGUCAACUGUUCUGGAUUCCAUACUUCAAAUGCAUUAGAGUAUAGAAAUACAGUUAAUAUUACCAAUGUUAUUCAAUCCUAUGGAUGGAUCUUACACAGGAUUAUGCGUUAUAAUGAUACAGACAAUACUGGAAUAAUUCCAGAAGCUGCUUCAACAUCGACUAAAACAUUCUUGGGAAGUAAUCUGGACUGGAAGUUGACUAAACUCGACGAUUCCAACAAGGAACCAGUGACAAUUGAAUUUCAAGCUCAGCAUUCUUUAGAUAGUCAUGAAAAAAUUAAUGGUGCUAUCAAGUUAAUUUUUCAAGUCUACCAAAAUCCAAUGAAACCGAUAAAGACAUUAUAUUAUGAAAUUGAAAAUUCGUUCACUCUGCUUGCAGAACUUAUAUUAGAUCAAGUUGAUGUUGUUAACGAAGUUCAGAGAUUUGCACCUGUUCUACUCAUAUUUUCAAAUCAUUCCUUGGAGGAUAAUCAAGAUUAUUUAGAACAGAAUGCAGUACAAGUGAAUGCAGAAGAAGGUCCUCUUGGACGAAAUAUACAGUCAACAUUUAUUGAAUUAGGAACACGAAAGUCGAAGACUGACAGUCAUCAAGAAUGGAUAUCACCGAAUGCCUAUUUACAUUUUCCAGCGGCGUUUUGGACGAACAGAGAAGAAAAUAAAGCUCAGGCGGUAAAACUCGGCCCGAGAAGAAUUUUCAACCACAAGGUGAUAAAAACGCGAACUUAUCAUCUAAGCUUACCGUUUGCAUUCUAUGGCAGUAGAUUUGAACAGAUUCAUGCUGAGGCAAACGUUAUGCAUGUAGCAGCACGUGAACAAAUUAUUAAUCUGGGCAGUCCAAAAUCCUCUUACUACAUAGAAACGAAUUAUUCCUCUUGGAAAUUCCUACUGGGUUUGGGUCUUCCAAACAUUAUCGUCACUGAACCACCGAGUGGUACUGGCACCACUUCAAGUAUUGUAGGUGCAUUUUUGGGUGGUAUUGGUAUCAUAUGCGGAAUUAUUACAGGUGUAUACAUUGUACGUCGUGCACUUAUACGUUAUCAUCGAAUUCCAGCGUCGAAUGAAAUCGAUGAAGUUGCUGAAAAUAAUAAUAAUAACAAUAAUAAUAAUAUUGGUGAUCUUAAUACUAAUGGCAGAUAUAUAGAACAAUGUCAAUAUGAGAAACUGGUUCAACCUUUACCGGAUCAUUAACUCAUGGAGAAAAUUCUCAAAGUGUUCAUCUUUUUAAUCCAGUCAGUCAUUUACAAACAUCUGCCUUUAUGUCAAAUGAUCCACCAGCUUAUGGAUCAUUAUCAUUUAGAUCGGAUCAACCUAAUUACUGACAGACGAAGUAUGUGUGUGUGUGUGUCUGUGUAUGUACGUAUGUGCCCUCGACUUUAAUCAUUCACUCACUGAUUGAUACAUUCUUUCUUUCUUUCUAAACACGCUAUUUUCUCAUUAUCAUCACCAUCAGAUCAAUUUAUUGUAAUACUCUUUUUUAUGACGUAAUCAUUUCUGUU